AUGGGGAAAGUUUGAAGUAUAAAUAAGAAUAAGAAGAAGAGGAAAGAACGAUACAGAACGACUGAUGAGGAAUUUAUUACAAAGAAAGAGAAAGAUCAAGAGCUUAUUAAGAAAAUCAAAGGGACAAUGACAGCCAAUGAUCUGUGGUAUGACCAAGAUGAUGGUCUUAUGAUGAAUGAGUUAGGAAUGCAAGAGUUUGAAAAGGGAAAGUAAUUGCUCAAUUCCUCUUGCAUUAAAGUACCUCUUGAGAGCAGAAAAAUUAGAAUCUUUAUCUUUUACUAGUGCAUAUUACACUGGCUGAAUUUACCUUGAAAACCUUUCAAAACCUGAAAAGUCUUUAGACUACUUCAUGAUAUCAAUUUCAAAGAACCCAAACUGGGAUUACCCAUACAGUAAAAUUGGAGAGGCUUAUCUAAAGCUAGAGAUGAAUCAAGAAGCUUUAAAUUACCUCAGUCAAGGUUAUAAUCUAUCGAACCCUUGAGCUGACUUGUUAAAUAAUUUUGGACUAGCUUUGUACAAUAAUAACUCUCUCCAGACAGCUCAGACUGUUCUUGAAGAAUGUAUUCAAAAGAAUCAAGGGCAUUAUAAAGCUUAUAACAAUCUUGGGAAUGUAUACCGAAAGAAGGGCCUUGACAAUGAAGCUCUUAAAUUUUAUAAGGAAUCUAUAAACCUGAGCGGAGGCAAACAUCUAAUGGCAUUUAUCAACUCAUCCAGUAUUUAUUUAAGUCGAAAUAAUCUCAUUGAAUGAGUAAGCACUAUCUUUGAAGCAAUGGAGGUUGAUAAAGCUAAGGCAAGGAAUUUACUAAAGUAUUGAGGUCUAUAUCAACUAGCACAACAUCAGGAUAUCAAGAAGGCCGUAAUUUUGUAUGAGAACAAGGAAUUCCAAGAAGGAAUUGACUGAAUAGAAUCUAUCCUACCCAAAUUUCCUAAAAAUAUUGCUUUGAACUGAUACCUUGGAAUGUUCUAUUAUAAACUAGGCGAGAAUGAGCAAGCAAUAAAGUAUUGAAAAUAAGACAAUAGAGGAAUGCCUUGACCUUCCUGAGAAGCAAGGAACAGUCUCUAAUUACUUCUUCAAGAAAGCGAAGGAUACUCUUGAUUUUAUGGGCGUUGAUUUUAAAUCAAUGUUCCAUACUUGCGAUGAUUCCAAGGUCGACGAGGGGGAGCAAGAAGAAGAAGAACAAAAAUCUACAAAUGCAGACGAUUUUCAGGAAUUUGACUUUAGGGAAGAACCUAACUUUGAUACUAAAAAUUAUCUUUAUACCAUUAAUUCUAACUCACAUUAUCAGAAGAGGAAGGAGUUAGAGAGAAAGUAUGGUCCGAAACCUCUAGAAUGUCUUCCUGAACAAUAUCACAAAGAUAAUCAUUCUGAUAUUUCUGAGUCUAGUAUAGCUCAAUAUGAUAACUUUAAAAGAGCAAACAUCUGAUUCGAUGAAUCAUCAGAAAACUAUAACUUGAGUGAUGAAAGUAGUGGCCUUAAAUCUGAUAUUAGUGAUAGAGCAAUGCAAUUGCUAAGAGAGAAAAUUGCAAGCAACUAUGCUAACCUUCAAAUUGAUUAA